UGAACGCGCGAACGCUGUUACGUAACGGUACGUAUGCAGACAACUACCUGCCCACUUUCUGAGACAUAAACAUAUCAAUAUUACGAAUAAAGUAAUGAUACCUAAUUUAUUCGUAUCCUAAUCCAGCUUCAGUAUGGAUAAGAAUCGAUGUCUCGUCACGUGGCCCCAACAUUGCCUCUUUAAAGGUUUCCUCAGGAAAAACAGUGACCUCGUGCACCCACCAGAAUACAUUUCUAUAACAGCCAUAUCUAAAACAUCCCAUAAUAAACCUAACAAGCCCAUUUGCGCAAAUCCGCUGCCAUUUGGUUGAUACUUGAGCUGAAGGGGGACAGGACGUUGCAUCGACGGGUUUGUCUGUCUCCACUCGUUCUUUCCCAUUUUUCCUCCGUACACGGAAAGCUCCCUGCCCCCUGAUCCCUCAGGCGCCCGGAUGCACACCACACCACACCACACCAGCAGCAGCAGUAGGCGGUCAGUCAGGACAAACAUGGUCGCCAGAGCUGGAGGAAGCGUUUAGGAAUCUCCGCGCCGAAGCACGUUAAAGCCUCUCCAGAGGACUGAUUUCUCUUCUCGCUGAAGGCAUCUUUGUGGACAGGACACUUAGAGGGCCAAACAAUGGAAUGCUCUCUCCUGCCUACACUGCUCAGCACUCUACAGACUGAGGUUAAACGGCUUAGUUAGCAGUGUGCCUCUCCCCCAAGAACUCUUUUAGCCUGGGGAAAGUUGGGAGAAAAAACGGGCGAAGGAGAAUUUCCUUCAUAGUACAGUACCUUACUCCAGUUCUUUGUAGUUGCUUGCUUGGGAUUCAUUUGGAAGCUUUGCGUGAACAAAAGCCAAGAUGGAUUUGGAACCGUACCUGUGGAUGGUUGUGCUUGGCUUCAUUAUAGCCUUCAUCCUGGCAUUUUCAGUGGGGGCCAAUGAUGUGGCAAACUCGUUUGGCACGGCGGUCGGGUCAGGGGUGGUGACACUACGUCAGGCCUGCAUCCUGGCUUCCAUAUUUGAGACCCUUGGCUCCAUGCUCCUCGGUGCCAAGGUCGGGGAAACCAUUCGGAAGGGAAUUAUAGAUGUCAGUUUAUACAAUGACACAGUGCCGAUACUGAUGGCGGGAGAGGUCAGCGCCAUGGUCGGGUCUGCGGUUUGGCAGCUCAUUGCCUCUUUUCUGAAGUUGCCCAUUUCUGGAACUCAUUGCAUUGUGGGAUCUACUAUUGGCUUCUCCAUGGUUGCUAUUGGCACUAAAGGAGUGCAGUGGAUGCAGUUAGUCAAAAUUGUUGCCUCAUGGUUCAUCUCCCCUCUGCUGUCUGGUCUCAUGUCUGGUCUGCUUUUCUUCAUCAUCAGAUAUUUCAUUCUUAACAAGGAUGACCCUGUUCCCAAUGGUCUCCGUGCUUUGCCCCUCUUCUAUGCAUCAACCAUCGGAAUCAACACAUUCUCCAUCAUGUACACUGGAGCUCCCUUACUGGGCUUGGAGAUGCUCCCCGUCUGGGCUAUUGCCCUCAUUACCUUGGCUGGUGCUCUGGUAUGUGCCGGUCUGGUCUGGAUUUUGGUUUGCCCCUGGAUGAGAAGGAAAAUAGCAAGUCGGCUGAAGAAAGAGCAUGCUUUUUCCCGCAUCUCUGAUGAGAGUUUGGAUAAAAUCCCUGAGGAGGAAGAGGAAGCCCCCGUGUUUAAAGAGCUUCCAGGUGCAAAAAGCAGCAACGAUGCUGUGCUGCCCCUGACAGAGGAGUCCACAGGAGAGUUGAACAGCCUGGCUAAUGGAGGCACCGUCCUGCCCAACGGCAGAGUGUAUGGUCGCACUAACUCCAUGACCAACGGCUGCCUCAAGUCACCCGUGUCCAAUGGGGGCUUCAGCUUUGACGGACACAUGCGCAGCGACGGCCAGGUCUAUCACACCGUUCACAAGGAUUCUGGUCUCUACAAGGACCUCCUACACAAGAUCCACCUGGGCCGCCUGGAAGACGAGCGCAGCAGCUCGCGUCCCGACAACAGCUACCGUCACCUCCGCCGCAACAACAGCUAUACAUGUUACACAGCAGCCAUCUGUGGCAUGCCGGUGCAGCCCCUGAUGCGGUCGGAGUCCAGCGCCCCUCCUCCAGAGGACAGCGAGAAGCUAGUGGGCGACACUGUCUUCUAUUCGAAGAAGCGAUUGCGCUAUGACAGCUAUUCCAGCUACUGUAACGCGGUUGCGGAGGCUGAGAUUGAAGCGGAUGAAGGUGACGUGGAUGUGAAGUUGGCAGCAGAUCAAAGGGAGCCCCGGGCCCCUGCUGAAGCGGUGCUGGAGGACUGCAUUGAUGAGGACAAGGAAGAGAAGGACAAGCCGCAAGUCUUCCUGCUUUUCCACUUCCUGCAAAUCCUCACCGCCUGUUUCGGAUCGUUUGCGCAUGGUGGGAAUGAUGUCAGUAAUGCAAUUGGGCCUUUGGUGGCCCUGUGGAUGAUUUACGACCAGGGUGGGGUGAUGCAGGAUGCGGCCACACCGGUCUGGCUGCUAUUAUAUGGCGGCAUCGGAAUCUGUGCUGGACUGUGGGUUUGGGGUCGACGUGUCAUUCAAACAAUGGGCAAAGACCUCACACCCAUCACCCCCUCCAGUGGAUUCACUAUUGAGCUGGCCUCAGCGAUCACCGUUGUUUUGGCGUCCAAUAUCGGACUUCCAAUCAGUACGACACACUGCAAGGUGGGCUCAGUGGUGGCGGUGGGCUGGAUCCGCUCCAAGAAGGCUGUGGACUGGCAUCUCUUCCGGAACAUCUUCCUGGCCUGGUUUGUGACCGUCCCUAUAGCAGGCCUCUUCAGCGCUGCUGUCAUGGCCCUGUUUGUCUACGGCAUACUGCCUUACGUUUGAGAUGGAAAAUGAGGAAGAGAGGGAGGUAUAGGAAGGUAAUGACAGGAAAAAUAAAACCGAGACACAGACAGAAAAAAAAAAAUCAAGAUAUAAGGGGACAGCCAGAGGGUGGGGAGAGUCUUCAAAUGCUGCCUGGAAAAGCAUCCAGAAUCCUUUAACUUAAAUAUCCUUAAUCUUGUCAAGAGUAUUUAUUUCCGUUUCAUUUUUAUAUGGUUUUGUUGACAUGUUACCAUAAACCGCAAAAUAUUUGACUCGUGAUUUCAAAUGGUACAUUUUCAAAGUUCCAAAAAAUAGCUCUCAUACAUUUGUGGUCCUACAUGUUCAAGGGAGUAAACAGAUGGAGAACAAUUGGCAAUAUCGCAAACGAUAUCAGUACAUGAAGAAUGGGACUAGAAAACUGGUUUUAUGGCACAAUUCACAGUACAUUGGCACAAAAUAUAGCUACUAACUACUCUUGGGCCUCUAAAUGUAAUGUUUUCAAAUGUAUGAUGUGUGGUGUGCUGUAAUCGCACCUUUAUUCCCAUUCGCUGAAACAUCAAACUUCUACAUAAACAACACUGAGAAGCAUCCUGCUGUUUAAAACCUACAUUAGCUGCAUUGCUAAAAUCAUACCUCAGUCAACCCUCUAUGCCACAUAAAAGACAAGUGACAAAACUGUGCUCUCUCAUAAUACAUGAAAUAUUAUAAGAUGCAUCAUUUUUGUAGUGGUUAAUGUGUAAGAAUUCCCUGUUCUUUUAUUGUUGUAUUUAUUUUUACCAUUCACACCUUUUUAAAAACACAAGAGGUGUGAAGACUAAAUCAUAUUUUGAACUAUGUAUGCUACUAUAAUUUCUGCUGUGUAUAUAUUCAGCUAUAGAUUUUAGAUUUUUAGUUUUGCCUUAUUUCGUGGUCUUAUAUUUUUACAUUCAAGGAGACUUUAGACCAGGUUUGGUAGUUGCAUGAAACAUAUGCUUUCCAAGCAUAUGAAAAAUAUCAAAUAUGAAAAAACUAUUUUAACUAUGACAAGACACUACAUCCAUAAUCCUGUCAGUGUAUAUCAAAAAUAAUUAUCUUAUUGCCUACCCUAAAAGAUCCUCAUAUCAGUGAAAACUAAAUCACCGUCAUUUAAAGAUAUAAAUGUUUAAUGAGGAGCUGGUUUGGAGUCAUGUCUGAGGUAUUACAUUUUAAACUUUCUGUAAUUCACCUUUUGUAUACAUAUCAAUAGGUGAUUUUUUUUUUUUUUAUCUCUUUUUGGAAGAUUAAUAGCCAAAGAUUGUGACGAUCAAAUUUAAUUGCCAUACUCUUUGACAGUGUUUGUAAUUACAAUCUAAACAAUAUCCAAACUAAAGUAAUCAGUUUAUCUCUAUAUUGUGGAUAGUAUAUAAAGGAUGCUAGUAGUUCGGUCUAGCAAUAAUAUGUAAUGUUCUUAGAACCCAAUGGAUGAUGCCAAUAUAAAUACCUGUAUGUGCCGGAACAGCCAAAAUCACUUAAGGUGAACCCAUAAAACCAGCACAAACACACAAACAUAGAUUUACCCACUAUAUGAUGUAUUGAGAGGCAGUGUUAGACGCCAGGCCUAAAUCAAAUCAGCAUACAGAUACUUGAUUCAGCCUUCAGUUCUAAUAUCACAUUGAGUUUUAUCAGAAGAGGAGUUUGUUUAACAUCAGGUCAGUAUGUGAUUCAGUGGCACAAAUGUGUCGAAAGGUCAAUAUUUAACGACCUAUUUGUGGCCCCGCCCUGACACCACAAGAAACCAAAAAGUCUCAUGAUUUCAGUCCAAAAAUGGCUAGGCUCACAUCAAAUGACCAUGUGAUAUCAGGUCAACUGGGCUUAGAUGUUUGUCAGACACUGUUGUAAUCUGCCUCGGGAUAGUCACCAGAUUUGGAAACUGUACAAACGUGUGGCUUUGAACCAAUGCAAAGUGUUGCUGUUUCUUUCUUUUUUUGUGUGUAUUUUGUUUUUAUUUUUCAUCAAGAACAAAUCUAUGCUUAUAUGGCCAUUUGCCUUGUUGUGCUUUACUGUUUGUUGGAUACAGUAACUUCAGUACUGUGGUGUUUACAUUGUAAUCAUAUUGUAGAAUAACUCAUUGCAGUUGCCUAAAAAUGCCAAUCAACUAACUAUUAAUCACAAAUUAAAUAUGAAAUAACCAGGCAUUGUGCAAAGGUGUUUCAUGUCAUUUUGUGUUUAGCAGUGUGAAUCAUGAUGAUCCUGCUAUAUGUAGUACACAACUUUACAUGGUGGAUAUGAUAAAAAAAUAAUAAUAAUAAUAAAAGAAAUUAAUAGAUAUCAAUUUCAUUAAACUAUAUUUUUCUACAUAUAUAAGUUCUACCUGGGUGGUGACUUCUCACAUGGAGAGUAAUCUGGGCUCCUGAGCAGUGAUUAUGUUGAAGUACCAGUAACUAUAUUAAGAAAAUUCAGUGCUGAAUACCACUGAACAAUUUCUUAAAGAUGGUUAUAUUGCAAAAGAGUCUAAAAAGUUUAGGCAGGGGACCGUAAUGUGGAUUGGUUCCAUAUAGCCAUAGUUUUUUUUCUUGCCCAGGGAUGUCUCUCCCUUGUGUGAGAGCGAGUGGUUGUGAGUUGUUAAAAUUCCACCAGUUUUUCAUGAUUAUUUUUCGAAAAGUAAGGCUGAAUAACUUUGUAAUUUUGUUUCCCUGAAAUGCAAUAUUGAGCUGCCAGAAUGAGGUCAAUCAAACCUCCACCAGCAGUGGCGAUAACACCGUUCAGAGUCAGACAGGGACACAGCAAGAUUCAGUAAAACUUUUUACUAACCUGCAUCCGAUAUUUUGCAUCAACCUGGCAAUAUAAUCUGCCUUUCUGCUAUUGGUUUGUUUGGUUUGCGAAAUCUUCCACAUGCGCAGUAAAAAACAUUCUUUGCGCUAAUACACAAACGCAGACGCUUGGCGCUCUUGUUUUGGUCUCGUGCUAACAAACCUCAAUAUUCAGAGAGCGGUUAAAUUGAAUUUUUAAAUGUAUCUGACAUUAAACUAAAUGUGUUAAUAAACUUGUGUUAAUAAAUUGUUGCUGCGUCAUGACUAGUUGAUCCACAAGUAAUUGACGCUAUUUGGACGAUGUAGCGCCCCUUGCGGCAAUGCUGAGAGUUGCGUUGAAUUUAGGAAUCGCGUCUGCGUUCAGGUAUUUGCGUAACCGAACAUGAGGCUGCAGUAGUUUGGCCACAGAGUUAGUUUUGAGUUACAUAUUCAAAGAAUGGCAUGUGAACCACUACUAUACUAAAUCACAGUCAGAAACUUCAAAGCCAUUCUGUGUUUUUAGAUGGACAUCUUAUGAUUGGACAAAUACAAAGAGAUGUAAGCUAUGUAAGACUUACAGAAACUAAAUCAUCCAUAUCCACAACCAGUGUGUUGAUAAAAGGUUUCUUAAUUGUUCUUGGCAGCCUAGAGACAUUCUCCUAUAGUGUACUAAUAUCAUUUAUUAAGUUUCCUUGUUCUUAUCUGCACUUGAAAAUAGAAUGUAGCCCAAUCCUCUGUUGGCCUGCUGAUUGCCUGCUGUGUGCCGUCUCUAUUGCCAUGAUGUGAAUGCUAUGCUGUUACUGUCUGGUACCAUCUUAAGACAGGGCUUUAGUUUUAACAAAACCCCCCAUAUCUGCAUAUGUACUGUAUUGCUGUUUCCUUUCUUUUUGGAACUUUUUUUGUGAAAGUUGUCUGCAUUUUAACUAAUUAAAUUAUGGGAAUUAAAAUUACAAAGAAUAACAA